GCACAAGGGAGAUAAGGUCUAGGGAAAAGGCUCUCAAGUUCUGGAGCUGAAGAAACCAAGAGGAGAGAAGGAUCCAAGAAGAAAAGCUAGAAGAAGAGGGAGUCGAAACCACCGGAAACCGCCACUUCAAAGGAGCUAGUCGUAGUUGCAGACCACGAAAGCCGCCCGGCUUUCGUGAAAGCCGCCCGGCUUUGGCCCAGCAGUUCAGUUUUACACCUCCAAUCGGCCUAGAACGGGGAUUGAUCUAGGGGCAUGACAAAGGCAACUAUUUCAGCACUUCAUAAGUUUCAGGUAGAACUUGAAGGUUGCUGCCACCGCCCGUCGCUUCGGGAAGAUCAAAGGGAGAAGACGUGAAGCUUUGUUUGUGGAUCAUUUGAGUACAAAGCAAAAGAUUGUCCGCGGAAGAAGAAUGACAGAACCCAAGAAAGGAACAAGAUGAGUUCUACUCGGUGGUUCAACGAAGAUAAAAGCUUCAAUAAAGAUUUAAAAAAGGCAAUGAUGGCUGCUUGGGGAGACUCAUCAAAUGAUGAUGGGAAUGAAAGCGAUAAGAGACUAAAUCAAGCUGGCAUAUGUCUCAUGGCCCACUCCGAUGCAGAAUCCGACCAAGAGAACUUUGAGGUGAAUCUACAAACCUUUCUUUCUAAAUUUGAUUCUCUACCCAAAAUCAAGGUUCGGAAAAGUUUCAAUAGACUAACUAUCGAGGUUAAUCAAAAUCUUUCUUCACCCAUCAUGGAAUCCAACAAUUGCGAGUCUGGUAGUCGCAAAGCAAGCAUGCACGACCUCCCUCCUUCACCGGCCUCGUCUCAGCGGGGACAGAGCAAUGGCAAACAAUUAUCUCCAACACCUACUCCUAUUGUCCCCCUUUCGGAAAAACCUAACCACAUGCUCAGAAAACGGAAGUCGCUCCCCCAGAAAUUCACUCGCAGUAAGGAAGUUGCUAUGGGCAUCAUCUCUGGUGACAGUCCAAACAACAAAUACCCCAAAAUGGGAAAAGUGGCCGAAGAAGAUGCCCUCAAACUGAAAAUAACCUACUGAUACGUUUGAAAUUUCCAUAUGUAUGUUUGUGUUUUUAAUUAGUUUUGCUUGAUUUUUACUUUGGAAAUUACACACUUUUGGUGUAUAAGUUUAGUUUGUUAAAUUCUUGUAAAUAGUUUAGAUUAGGUAUAUUCUGAGCUCAAAAAGGUCUUGAUCAC